AUGGCUACUUCAACAAUUGAUCCAUCAGUACAAAAGCAAUUAGUUGUUCCUGGUAAAAUCUUAACAGAUGAUACAUCAAAUUUUAUGCGAGGUCAUGGAACAUAUUUGGAUUCAACAAAAGCUCAUUUGAAAGCAUCGGUUGCUGGUGUUGUUAAUAAAGUUGAUCGAUUGUUAUGUGUUGAACCUGUUGAAAAUGCACGGUAUUUAGGUGAAGUUGGACAUGUUGUUAUUGGACGUGUACUUAAAGUUGAUCAAAGUCGCUGGGUUGUUGAUAUACAAUCACGUCUAGAUUCUUAUUUACCAUUAGCUUCAGUUAAUUUACCGGGUGGAGAAAAUCGACGACGAAUGGAAGAUGAUGAAAGAAAUAUGCGACAGUAUUUAAAAGAAGGUGAUUUAUUUUCUGCUGAAAUUCAACAAAUCUAUCAAGAUGGUACAUUAGCACUUCAAACUCGUAAUUUACGAUAUGGAAAAUUAGGUGAAGGAAUAUUAGUACAUGUUCGUUCAUCACUUGUUAAACGUACUAAAAAUCAUUUUCAUAGUUUACCAUGUGGUGCAUCUGUUAUACGUGGUUGUAAUGGUGCUAUAUGGAUAUGCCCACCAAUAUCAACAUCAUCUGAUAAUAAUAUGGUUGAUACAGGUGGUUAUGUUAAAAAUAUUGAAUCUGUUAGUCUUGAUGUUCGAAAAACAAUUGUACGUUUAAGUAAUUGUAUUCAAAUUCUUAAUCAUCUUGGUUUACCAAUAUAUGAUACAAGUAUAAUGGAAAUAUUUGAUAUAUCACAAAAUUAUGAAAUUGAUGAAUUAAUACAACCAAAAAUCAUACAAACACUUUCGAAACAUUUACAACAACAAAAAGAUAUUAUUAAUGGAGGAAUAGGAGGAGGAAAUGGACUAGAUUCUCAUUCUCAUGAUAUGCAAGAAGAAUAA